AUGUAUCAAAGGCGUCGAGCUCAACGUAGACAACGACACGUAAAUGGAAUAAAUAGAGUAAUUCGCCGAGGAAAUCGCCAAAGACGCGGUAGAGCCACAUGGAACAACAUGGUUGUAAACCUUGUAAACCUUCCUCCGCAAAUUAUUGAUGAUGAUAAUCCAUUUGCCGAGGUCGGAUCAUGGUCGGUCAGCUUUUUACAAGUUUCUAUUUAUUAUAAGGGAAGAUUGUUAGGAAUAUCGGGUUUUGGGAACGUUUAA